AUGGCCACACGAGAUGAUGGUACGGUCGGCUCCGCCAACAACCCUAACGAGGAGCGCACAAGCAUCAAGAGUCUGCACGAGGAAUUCGACGAGGCCGGCGAGCGAGUCCCGCCGAAGGAGUUGUUCAAGCGAUUGUGCCACCGGUUCCAUGGCCGAACGCCGGGCAAGCGGAAGACCGAGGCCAAGCGCCGCAAUCUGGAACGCACCAAGCGGCAGAAGCGCUGCAGGUCGGUCGACUCGGUGCCUAAUAACGUCCACGUCACCGUCGGCAUCCACCAGCAGUAUCGGCGCUGGUGA